CAGUGUGACUGAAAACAGAAAUGGAGCAGAACCAGUUCGACCGAGAAACUUUCUCCUGUUUGAUCUGUCUGGAUCUACUGAAGGAUCCGGUGACUACUUCCUGUGGACACAGCCACUGUAUGAACUGUAUUAAAAGCCACUGGGAUGAAGAGGAUCAGAAGAGGAUAUACAGCUGCCCUCAGUGCAGAGAGACAUUCAUACAGCGACCUGUGCUAAAGAAGAACACCAUGCUAGCAGCUUUAGUAGAGCAGCUGAAGAAGACUGGACUCCAACCUGCUCCUGCUGACCACUGCUAUGCUGGACAUGAAGAUGUGGCCUGUGAUUCCUGCACUGGAAGAAAACUGAAGGCCAUCAAGUCAUGCUUAGUCUGUCUGGCCUCUUUCUGUGAGAAACACCUUCAGCCUCAUUAUGAUUCAGCUGCUUUUAAGAAACACAAGCUGGUGGAGCCGUCCAAGAACCUCCAGGAGAACAUCUGCUCUAAGCAUGAUAAGUUAUUGGAGAUCUUCUGCCGCACUGAUCAGAAGUGUAUCUGUUAUCUCUGCACCAUGGAUGAACAUAAAAGUCAUGACACAGUCUCAGCUGCUGUGGAAAGGACUGAGAGGCAGAGAGAGCUGGAGGAGAGACGAGGAAACAUCCAUCAGAGAAUCCAGGACAGAGAGAAAGAUGUGAAGCUGCUUCAACAGGAGGUGGAGGCCAUCAAUCACUCUGCUGAUAAAACAGUGGAGGACAGUGAGAAGAUCUUCACUGAGCUGAUCCGUCUCCUCAAGAAAAGAAAGUCUGAGGUGAAGCAGCAGAUCAGAUCCAAGCAGGAAACUGAAGUGAGUCGAGUCAAUGAUGUUCAGGAGAAACUGGAGCAGGAGAUCACUGAGCUGAAGAGGAAAGACGCUGAGCUGGAGCAGCUCUCACACACAGAGGAUCACAGCCAGUUUCUCCUCAACUACCCCUCAGUGCCAGCACUCAGUGAGUCCACACACUCAUCCAGCAUCCGCAUCCGUCCUCUGAGACACUUUGAGGACGUGACAGCAGCUGUGUCAGAGCUCAGAGACAAACUACAGAACGUCCUGAGAGACUCAUGGAUAAACAUCUCACUGAUGAUGAAUGAUGUGGAAGAUUUACAACCAGACCUAGAACCAAAGAGCAGAGGUGGAUUCUUAAAAUAUUCAUGUGAAAUCGCUCCUGGUCCAAAUACAGUAAACAAACGAUUGGAACCAUCAGAAGGGAACAAGAAGGUGACACGGAUGAAGAAACGUCAGUCAAAUCAAUGGGACGGAAUGUUUUUCAGGAUGUAAUGGCAAAUUGUGGGCAUUGAUUUGUUCCCAAAACAGUUUUAGUUUUGGUCAUAACAACAUCUGGAUUCCCAUCUCAGGUCUAGUUUCCUCCAGAGUCGGAGUGUAUCUGGAUUACAGAGCAGGUAUUCUGUCCUUCUGCAGCGUCUUUGAAACCAUGAUUCUCCUCCAGAGUCCAGACCAGAUUCACUCAGCCGUUACCGGCUGGAGUUUGGGUUAGGCUCUGCAGAGUUCCGUAAAUCUAGAUAGAUUUUCUCUUUGCUUACUGAUCAGGGUUCAUUGUUCUUGUUCUAAUGUUUCUCUGCUCUGCCAUUCUGUUCUUCAGUUUUUGGUUUAAAUGUAGAUCUUUCGUGUCCAGAAGCCAUAAAGGAAAUCACUGCUGAUGUUUUCUUUCAUUAUUA